AGCAAAACCUCAUUCAUUCUCUCUCUCUCUCUCUCUCUCUCUCUCUCUCACUUCCUUCAUUUUUUAUUUUCUUUUUUUGGUGUUCUUCUUAUUUGAAAAAAAAAAAAGGAAUUAUGGGUUCAAAAAAACCCUAUUUUGUAGCAAUAGCAACACAAGUAUUUCUUGCUGGAAUGAGUCUUCUUUCUAAAGCAGCUUUUGCUUCGGGAAUGAAUACCUUCGUGUUUGUGUUCUAUAGACAAGCUGCUGGAGCUGUUUUUUUCCUUCCUCUUCUGUUUUUUUUAAGAAGAAAAGAAAGCCGAUCACUUUCACUUAAAGAUUUCUUGAAAAUUUUCGUGAUUUCGUUAAUAGGGAUGACUGUUGGAUUUAAUGCCUAUGGUGUUGCUGUUGAUUAUACAUCUGCAAACUUGGGUGCUGCUGCAUUUAAUUGCCUCCCUGUCACAACAUUUCUUUUCGCUGUUUUAUUGAGGAUGGAGAAAGUAAAUUUAAGAAAAGUGGCAGGAAUUGCAAAAGCUUUUGGAAUAUUAAUAUGCAUUGGAGGAGUGAUAACACUUGCAUUCUACAAAGGUCCAUAUUUGAAGCCACUCAUCGACCAUCACCUUUUGAAACUUCACAAAUCAUCACAUAAUAUUCCUCAUUCUUCCUCUUCUAAAACUUGGAUUAUUGGCUGUUUCCUUCUCUUCGUCUCCAGCAUCUCUUGGGGUUUGUGGUUUGUUCUUCAGGCUUAUUUUCUCAAGACAUACCCAUCACCUUUGGAGUUUAUAAGUUACCAAACAUUAUUAAGCGCAGCCCAAUCUUUUGUGAUUGCUAUUGCAAUGGAAAGAGACCCUUCUGAGUGGAAAUUGGGUUGGAACAUUAGGCUUCUUGCUGUCGUUUAUUGUGGAGUUCUUGUAACAGUUGUUUCGAAUUUCUUGCAAUGUUGGGUAAUAAAAGAGAAGGGGCCAGUUUUUCAAGCCAUGACAACACCAUUGAAUGUCAUUGCCACUAUUAUUGGCUCUGAAUUGCUUUUGGGUGAAGGAAUCAACUUGGGAAGUCUUAUUGGUGCCAUUUUGUUGGUGAUAAGUCUCUACAGUGUAUUAUGGGGAAAAAGCAAAGAGCUCAACAUGGUUGAUUCAGAUAGUAACAUCCAAACAAAUGUAUUUGUUUCACCUCAAUUACCAAAAGAUUUGUCAGAGAUGAGACCAACGGCUGAACCAUAGAUAUAUAUACACACAUGUACACUAUAUAGUUUUUUUUUUUUUUUUUUUUUUUUGUUUAGCAAAUAAUGUGGUUUCUUCUUCAAAUCUUUGAAAUUUUUGUUUACUAUUUCCUAAUAUGCAUCAAAAUUAAAAUCCUUUAAUUAUUAAAAGUAACUGUAGUUUUUCAAA